AGUUAUUACUUUUCUCUAAAUCUAAAAGGCACAACCUAGAUUCAAUACAAUGUCUUAAGUAUUUGAACAUGUUAUUAUGCCAACCUCGUGGAAAUGACAAACUGACACGUUUUCAUUUUCGUCAAAAACAACUUUAUAUCGAAGGAGUGCCUUUGAUUUGACGAUCUGCACAUGCGCCUUUUUGCGCGAAACAACCGUUAUAUUUAAUUACGUGUUUCGUUUCUACGAAUUUAUUUUAAUUUUAGCAGACAAGUCAGUUAAGAACAAAUUCUUAUUUUCAACGACGGCCUAGUGGAACUGUCUUGUUCAGGGUUUCGAUUUUGCAAGCUUUCGGUUACUAGUCCAACGCUCUAACCACUAGGCUACCUGCCGCCCCAAAAUGAGUUUAGCCAAACAUUUUUUAUAACUAACACUAUAUGUGGUUUAGCUAGCUAACGUCGCCAUGAAAUCGCUUACAAGUGUGAUAAAGGAUUUAUAUCGGAUAUGCAGUUUCUGCCUAUCUUCAUGCUGUACUGUCUUAUCUCGUUUGUGCCGCGCGCAUGCUCAGAUGGUGGCCUUGGAGAUGUCGAGAAGAUUUAGCAUUAGCCAUAAUAUAAAUAACAAAGCACACCACAGCAAAGAGGAGGACCAUGUCAGAUCUCUACCCUCCAUGGCCGCACAAACUGAAAAUGGGUUUUUACAUCUGAAACAGUACCUCAAAGAGAUGUCCUCCAUGAGACAAGCUUUGAACACAGGUCGUCCCUUGGUAAUUUGCUUGAGGGACCAGGAUAGACUUCCACCCCUACCAAAGAAAACCUCACCCAGAUCUACUAAUGACAAGAUUGCUGCAGAUAUAGAAUGCACCAUGUCAAUAAAGCAGCAUGCUCCAGCAGAAGAGGAAAUAUUAAGAAGGAUCAAAUUCAGGAGGGACGAGCACAUAAUAGAGAAGCUUCAGUGGAUCUACAAGAUACUUUGUGGCUUAACCAACAUGAGGAAUAGAGACCUGAAAACACUGUUGCCUCUUGCAAGUGGGUAUGUGAACAUCAUCAUGAAAGACACAGAUAAAACCAAUAUUCUUUUGAAGAACUCUCAGAGGUGUCUGAUUCCAUUUGCACCUGAGGACAUGAACAUCAACCCAGACUUGUGGGAGUCAUUCAUCAAUCACCAAGACCAAGAGCCAAAAUCACCCUCCGCUAAGUUUGCUGGUUGUAAGCCUGUCCAGUUAGGACUCAGAAGGAAGGCAGGUCUAAAGGAGGUAGAGAAUGAAACUGGGGACCUACCUCCUUGGCUGAACCUGCUCUUGGAUGAGAACACCACAUAUGAGAAGGAUCCUCAGGAACCAAAGAACAGACAUGAUAUGCUGGAACGUGUCAGAACAAAGUUCAUCGAAAUUCAGAGAUCUAUGAACAAUCAGAUGGAGACAGACAUGUUUGAGAAGAAAAUACACAGAGAGGAGAGAAUGAGGACUCUCCUGGAUGCAUUGAUGGCCUCAAGGAAGGAGACAAGCCUACCUAUGCUGCUCUCCUCACUAAAACAUGAGCUCAGGGAACCAAAAUCUGCGCUUUUAUUUUGGUACGAAAUCCUGAAGAGCGAUGUCUCAGAAUUGUCUGAUGACAGGGACUUUGAGUACAGGACCAUCCUGCAGAAGAUCGGCCAAUUCCACAACUUCUCUCACAAGAAGUUGCCCUACUCAAAGCUUCUCCAACCAGCCAUGCAAGAUGCUCUGAUGUUUCUCACUGAGAACGUCUUCCAGCUCCUACCCCGACAACUCAAGCACUGGUAUCAGUAUCUCAAACUGCCCUUUUAUGACGCCUCCUGACUCUUAAACUCAAGUCAUCCUCAGAGGGCUGCCAGCCAAUGGUUGUUAUUUUAGUUUAAAUUAUAUUAAAUGUAAUUUGUUUCAGAAA